AACACGGAGUUCUUGGUCCCUGAAUUCAUCGCUCUCUAUCCGAGUCUUCGCGUAUACGGAUGUGUACUCCGGGAAUGAUGGAUUCGAAUCGUUGCAUGCCGCCAACCAUAUUGCUAACAUCCUCCAUUCCAUUUUCCAUUCAUGGAGAUUCGAUCUGACCUGCCCUGAGUGAGCGCAUGCAACGGCCGUCGCAGGCGGAUCUCGGCACUCUCGGACAGCGGUCCUUCACACAUCAACACUUACCCUCACCGCUACCACCUAUGCCACCGGUGCCGCUGUAAUAUGUCCGGCCUACCGAAACCCCUCCCGAUACAUUCCGCCAUGCCAGGCGACGAGUCGACCCCUCUUCUCCACGCUCCAGCCGCAACAUCAAUCGUCCACCCAUCGCCAUCGCCAACACCAACAACAAGCCGCUCCUCCUCCGUCCGCUCCCCAUCGCCAACACCACGCGCUCGCGCUCGCGCCCAACGCCUGCGCGUCAUCUCCCUCUUCUCGGCCCUCCUCUCGUCGCUGUGCGCGGGCUCCAUCACCAUCUUCUCGCUCUAUGGCCACAUUCUGCAGACCCGCCUACACUACUCGCAAUACCAGGUAAACGGCCUGGCCUCGGCAGCGUCCAUCGCCAUGUACGUGCCCGUGCCGCUGCUGGGGUUUCUGUGCGACCGGUCCGGGCCGGCACCGCUCUCGUUGCUGGCUGCGGCGGCGUUUGGGACGGGCUAUGCGGGCGCGGCGGGCGCGUUCUCCCGGGCCGAGAGCCUGAAGGCCGGCGGCGGGGAGGCGGCGGGAGCGGAGCGCGAGAUGUGGUAUGCGGCUAUGGUGCUGGCGUUUGUGGCGAUUGGCGUGGGCACGUGCAGUAUGUACAUGAGUGCUGUGGCGACGUGUGCGAAGAACUUUGGGAUGGGCAAGCACCGGGGUCUGGCAGUUGCCGGGCCGAUUGCGGCGUUUGGUCUGAGCGGGAUGUGGUUGAGCCAGGUGGGGGGCCGGCUGUUUGUCGAGACGGGCGGGGGCGAGAACGGGCCGGCGGAGGAGGGAGAGAUCGAUGUGGUCAAGUUCUUCGUGUUCCUUUCCGGGCUGUUAGUGAUAGUGGGCGUAAUAGGGGCGUUUGGGCUCAAGAUCAUGGACGAGAAGGAUCUGAUCGAGGAGGCGGUGGAGGAGCUGGAGAGGAGCGGGAUCCUUGACGGCAGUGCUAUCUUCACGCCAGGGAGGGCCGAGAACGGGCAUGGAGCGGUUGAGCGGAGCGAUCCAUUCGACGACACGGGGGACCGGGGCACCAAAGACCCCAAGGAGGAAGAAGCUCGGCUGAAGAAACAAUGGGUGCUCAACGCCGAGACCCGCCGAUUUCUCACCGACCACACCAUGUGGUGCUUCGCUGUCGGUUUCUUCUUCAUGAUCGGCCCGGGCGAAGCCUUCAUCAACAACAUGGGCACCGUCAUCAAGACCCUCUACUCCCCAACCCCAACCCUCCACUACACGGGUAAGCCGACCUCAGCAGCGACGCACGUCUCCAUCGUCGGAAUAACCAGCACCGCCGUCCGCCUCCUCACCGGCACGCUAACCGAUCUUCUCGCCCCAAGCCCCAAAGCCCGUCACGUCCAGAUCACCACACCACUCCUCAGCCGCAGCACCCUGCAGCGCUUCGCCCUCUCGCGCGUCUCCUUCCUCCUCUUCUUCGCCGUGCUCCUCUCCGUGGGCCUGGCCGUGCUGGCAUCCGGCCUGGUGCAGAACCACGGCGAGCGCUUCUGGAUCGUGUCCGGGCUGGUCGGGGCCGGGUACGGCGCCGUCUUCAGCCUGACGCCCAUCAUUAUCACCGUCAUCUGGGGCGUCGAGAAUUUUGCGACCAACUGGGGCAUCGUUGCCACGUUCCCCGCGCUCGGCGCCACGCUGUGGGGGCUGGUCUACUCCGCCGUGUACCAAGCGGGCACGAAGAGUGGUGGCGGUGGUGCGGGAGGACAGGAUGAUAAUCUGUGUUAUGGAGAAGAGUGCUACGCGGCGGCCUUCUGGGCAAUGGCGGCCAGUGUAUGGAUUGCCUGCGGGCUGGUCUUGUGGGCUUGGAAGGGGAAGAAUGGUUGGGCACAGCGCGGGGUCGUGGUCUGAAUCAUCUACCAUGGCGGUUGCAUUUAGAACUUGCAUUAGAUUGCGAAGUAGCAUGUUCCAACCAAGGGUCAAAGGGAUUGGGUACUGGCGUUUACUUGGGUAACCU